AUGGACGCGCCCCCGGGCCCCGGGCCUCUCCGGGCUCGCGGCCUGCGCGCCGGGCCCCGCGCCGCCCCGCCGCCCUGGGCGCGCUUCUCGGCCUGGCUGGAGUGCGUGUGCGUGGUCACCUUCGACCUGGAGCUGGGCCAGGCGCUGGAGCUGGUGUACCCGAGCGACUUCAGGCUCUCGGACAAGGAGAAAAGCAGCAUCUGCUACCUGUCCUUCCCCGACUCCCACUCAGGCGGCCUUGGGGACACGCAGUUCAGCUUCCGCAUCCGCCAGUCCGGAGGGCAGAGGGGCCCCUGGCGUGCCGAGGAUGGGCUCUACAACCGGGCAGCCCCUGACUCACUGCAGAGGGAGGGGGCCCACUACUUCGGCUACGUGUACUUCAGGCAGGUGAAGGACAGCUCCGUGAAGAGGGGCUACUUCCAGAAGUCCCUGGUGCUGGUGUCCCGCCUGCCGUUUGUCCGGCUGUUCCAGGCCCUGCUGAGCCUGAUCGCCCCCGAGUACUUCGACAAGCUGGCGCCCUGCCUGGAGGCCGUGUGCAGCGAGAUCGACCAGUGGCCGGCGCCCACUCCCGGGCAGACCCUCAGCCUGCCCGUCAUGGGGGUUGUCGUCCAGGUGCAUGUCCCCUCCAAGGCAGACCACCCGGAGGCCAGCCCCCCGAAGCCCUGCAGCCGCGAGAAGCUGUUGCCGGCCCCCAUGGUCCUCACCAGCGUCCACGAGCUGGACCUGUUCAGGUGCUUCCAGCCUGUGCUGACACACGUGCAGAUGCUGUGGGAGCUCGUGCUGCUCGGGGAGCCCCUGGUGGUCCUGGCACCCUCACCUGCUGUGUCCUCAGAGAUGGUGCUGGCCCUGACCAGCAUCCUGCGGCCCCUGCGGUUCUGCUCCGACUACCGCCCGUACUUCACCGUCCACGACAGCGAGUUCAAGGAGCUCACGACCCGCACACGCGCCCCACCGAAGGUGGUCCUGGGAGUCACGAACCCUUUCUUCAUCAAAACGCUCCAGCACUGGCCCCACAUCCUCCGGGUGGGGGAGCCGAGAACGUCAGGGGCCCUUCCUAAGCAGGUCAAGCUGAAGAAGCCCUCGCGGCUCAAGACCCUCGACACCAAGCCAGGCCUCUACACGUCGUACACGGCGCACCUCCACCGCGACAAGGCGCUGCUGAAGCGGCUGCUCAAGGGCGUGCAGAAGCAGCGCCCCUCAGACGUGCAGAGCGCCCUGCUGCGGCGGCACCUCCUGGAGCUCACGCAGAGCUUCAUCUUCCCCCUGGAGCACUACCUGGCCAGCCUCAUGCCUCUGCAGAAGAGUGUGGAGCCCUGGAAGUCGCCCCCCCAGAUCCGCCCCUUCCGCCAGGAGGACUUCCUGCGCAGCCUGGAGCACGCGGGGCCCCAGCUCACCUGCAUCCUCAAGGGCGACUGGCUGGGCCUCUACAGGCGCUUUUUCAGGUCUCCCCACUUUGACGGCUGGUACCGGCAGCGGCACAAGGAGAUGACCCAGAAGCUGGAGGCGCUGCAUCUCCAGGCCAUCUGUGAGGCGGACCUCAAGGCUUGGAUGAAGGACAAGUCCGAGGUGGAGGUGGUGGACCUGGUCCUGAAACUCCAGGAGAAGCUGGUGCGGGCCCAGGGCCACCAGCUCCCCGUGAAAGCAGAGACACUGCGGCAAGCACAGCUGUACAUCGAGAUGGUCAUGGGCUCCCUGCCCAAGGACCUGCAGGCCGUCCUGUGCCCUCCCUGAGGCUGCCCGGACGGCGGCAUCCGGGCCCAGGCCUCUCUCUCCCACCAGGGGCUCCCUGGCCCAGCACAGCCCCCACUGCACUUCCUCUGCACCUUGGGCCAGCCCCACCCGCCCAGCAGUAAACGCGCAUCCGGAUCCACAGCCUGUCCCUGAGCCUGUCCCUCGGUGGCCAAAGCCCACCUGUCCUCUUUGGGGCUUGCGUGCAGGGCAGGGCAGCUGGGGAGGCUGUGAGGGAGAAGGGCUGGGAGCACUGGGGGGACUGUGGGGGUCUGCGAGCACGCCCUCAUCUGGACACUGCCAGCCACCUGCCUUCUCCAUCUGCCUGAGCCCCCCCGUACCCCAGGGAGGCAGCUGACGGAUGGAUCCCGCCUUCUCACAGUGCGGGUCUGACAUGGAGCUCGGGGUGGGGUGCCCGUCCCGGUCAUCAGCUGGGAGGGCGGAGGCAGGUGUUCCGGCAGGUGGGCCCCGCCCCUCCCCUCCCUUGGCUGUGGGUCGCGGGGUGGCCACGAGGGGGCGCGCGCAGGGUCUCGAGCACGGCGUGGACCUGAGCACUGGCUCGUGCACCCUCAGUGCGCCGGGGCAGCCCCUUCUGUCCCUCCACCCCUCCUACAGCCUGAGGGGCUUAGGACUCGAGCCCACCGUCCUGGGCUCGGCCCUCCGGCCCCCGCUGCCGCCCCAUGGCAGACCCGGCUCUGCCGAGCUAGUGGCACGGACCUCUGACCCUUACCCUCCUGUCUGAAGGGGGAGGCCACGCUGCGGGCCCGGGGGUCCUACCCCCCUCCCUGAGCCGGGUGGGGGCAGAGGGGCCGCGCCCAGGGUGGGUGGGGGGCUGUGAGUU